AUAAAGCAGGGUCACGUUGUACAUUAGAAGCUUGUUUUAGUUCUUCAGGUCAUGGUUAUAUUAUGCGCAAAUAUUUGAAAUGUCUGAAAAUGCUGCUUUUCUAACAAACAGAGAUGGGAUUCCUAUCAGUGCUGAAACUUGGAAAUCAAUGUUUGAGUUUUGUCUCAGAACAAACAAAGUGUGUGAGAAGGAAAUAACCGACUUGUUGGAAUCUUUUCAGAGUCGUGAAUUUCAAAAAGUCCCUGUAAAUGAUUAUUAACUUCUCUCUAUUUCUCAAGCAACCCUUGUUCAGAAUAAAUAAGACUGAAACACCUGAAGACUAUAUGGAAAAGGUUCAGUGCUAUCUAAAUAAACUUGGAUAUAAUUAUACUGGUAUGCAAUUUUUUCCAAUCAAUCGAAACGCACCAAUUGAAAGACUUAGAGAAGUUGUAAAAGUGAUGAUAAAAGCUGCACUACCAAUUAAAUGUUUAGAAGCUACUAUAUUAUCUAUAUUUCUUACACAAGGACAAGAAUAUUUCAAACGAUUUACUAUAUCCUUUGUAUCAGAAUUCAAUGGGAAUAUAUUCAGACAUGUUGUGUUAGGAAUAUGCUCAGUUAACAGUGUAUUCGGUGCACUGGGUUUAAGUAGACGUAAAGAUUUGAUGUACAAACCGUUAAAAUAUCCAAGUUUAUCUUCAUUGAUUAAUGAUUUUGUGAACGCUUAUCGUGGUCAUCAUCAUAAAUUGAUCAAGGUGAAAAUCGGUAUACCUAUACCGCAUAGGCCAUAUCUACUAGAAAGAAUUCAUUGGAAGGGUAUAAGUAUUUCAUUCAGGAAAGGAUAUUGUACAAAUGAGAUCAAUACUAUGCUGGAUCGAUAUUCACGUUUUUUGCGAGGUUCUACUGACGUGAUAAUUAAAAGGAAUCUACCAGCACUUUUACCAAAAAUAUCUCCUGGUUCUUGUGCAACAGCAACAAAAGGACAACAACCAACUACAUAUAAUAAAGUUAUACGUUUAAAUAUGGUUCGAAAUAAAACUGAUUAUGUGACGCCAUCAUUGACAAAUCCAGCAAACAAAUGGAUCUGUAUUUCAAAUUCACCGUUAACUACUUCAAUAUCUGAAAGGAAUCCUAUUUUAAUGAAUUCUUAUCAGAUACGGAUAUGA